ACUAAAAUGUUCAUUUCUUUGUUUUCUUUCUAUAUAAGCUAUGUUUCUAAAUUUCUCAUAGACACACACACACAAAAGAAGAACAUAAUCUCAUAUAGUUUGUCUAGAUAAAAAAAUGGGUAUCGCCCAAGAGAACCGGGUCGAAGUGAAGUCAAUGUUAACAGCAGUAUCAAGCAAGCCAUGUAGGUCGGAUCGGGUACACCCGUUUACGGCUUUAGACAACGCCAUGAGUCCACAUACUCUUCACGUCAUCGUUUACUACAGUCGUAGUCCAUUUGGUUCUUUUGACCUGGACUCGGUCCGAACCUCGUUGUCGGAGCUUCUCUCUUUGUACCCUCCAGUUGUUGGUCGGGUCGCUAAAACCCCGGACGGGAUCUUGGAAGUGAAGUGUAACGACGCUGGACUAAGAACCUUAAGAGCCAAAGUUUCUGUUGGUGUUGAUGAAUGGUUGAGAUCAGCUGAUGGACUAGAGGAGGGUGAUCUAACGGCUUGGGACGAUAUGCCAGAUGAUCCGAGUACUUGGGCACCGUUUCGUCUACAGAUAAACGAAUUUGAAGGUGGAGGAGUAGCAAUAGGCCUAAGCUGCCCACACAGACAAGCAGACGCAACAACACUAACUGUUCUGUUAAAGUCAUGGACCGAAGCCCAACGCCAUCAAAGUAUCAUCCAUCCUCCAUCCUUCUCACCACUACCCUCCAUCUUAACUGAUACUAAGCCCGUUAAACCCAACUCCGAGCCCAUUUCUAAGCCCAUUUCAACAAAAACAACAACCGCAACGUUCAGUUUCUCUACCUCCGCUUUCAAGAAAUGCCUCCAAGACGGAAUAUUCCCAAAAGCCUCACCGUUCGAUGUGUUUGCCGCGCUUUUCUGGACACGUGUCGCUCUAACAAAGCGUAAGAGCCAUGAUCGAGUGUGCAUGUGUGUGGACUUUAGGAGGCUUUUGCCUGAUCCACUUCCUUAUGGUUUCUUUGGUAACGCUUUAAGCUUUACGUCACUAGAGAUGUGUAACGUGGCUGAUCAAGAGAUCAGACAUGUGGCACGUUUGAUAAACGACCACGUGGCGAGCCUAACCGUGGAGAAAAUCCGGUCCGAGCUAAACCGGGUUGGGGAACAAGGGCUAAUGUACGGUGGAGAUUUGACUAUUGUGAAUAUGGAACAUAUGAUUGUUGAAGGAGAGCCGUUGAUGUACGAGGCUGUGUUUGAGAACGGUGUUAGGCCUGUGCAUGUUAGUUACAGGAUCGGAAAAGUUGGUGGAGAAGGGGUGAUUAUGGUGAUGCCGUCGCCGGAGAAAGGGUUUGGGAGAGUAGUAUCGGUGACUUUGCCGGAGGAGGAGAUGUCGAAGUUACUUGUGGACCAAGAAAUCCUUCGAUUGGAACCAAAGAUUAUUCUAAGCGGUGUGAAUUAAGUUUAUUUCUAAGAAGGAUAUUUAAAAAUAGAAAAUAAAUAUGUUACUAGUACAUGUUACUGAUUUAAAUAUAUUGGUAGUGUGUUUCUUACUAAUGUUAUUUUGGUUUGUUUCCGCUGGUUUACUCGAUGAAUGUUGAUUGCUAGGGUUAUUAAAUAAAGAAAGACACGGGCCGGAUCUU